AUGAAAAGCGCUAUAAUUGCUUGUCUUAUCCUGAGUGUCUUCAGUGUUGAGAUUUCAAUCAACAAUGUUGCCACAAACUAAGCACUUGAGAAAUUAAAGGAAUCUUAAUGGGCAUCAUUCAUCGUUGAUUUUGCCGAAGUUGAGUUGUCAAGUGGAGGUGCUCUUACAGAAUUAGUGGAAGCUAUUGACCAAUUGAUUGAGUAAUUAGAAGAGGAAUUAGAUGAUAUUCAUCAUGCCUAUUCCAAAAGAACAGAUGAGCAUAAUCGUGAUGUGACUAGAUUGGAAUAAGAGAUCUAAGAUGCUGACAGAGAAAUCUUUAACGGUGAAGAUUUCAUUGACAACGUUCUUCUUCCAUAAAAAGAGAGAUUUUAAUCUGCCUUGGUCUAAUUGAAGACAAACAUUGAAGAAAACAGAAGAGUCCUUGAUGGAGAAACUCUCAACAGAAAGAAAUAACACGAAUAAUUUUUAUCCAACAUUGCUGAAAUCAAUGAAGCUAUUGGUGCUGUCGAUGAAUCCCUUGGAUUAUUGUCUUAAAUUACAAAUCCAUCCCUUGUUCAAUUCAAGAGAGUCCAAACAAAUCUUAAUAGAAUUUAAACAUCCUUCUAAAACCAUUCCUCAUUUGCACCAAUCAUUAGAGCACUUCUUGAAUUAGCAACAGAAUAAAACUUCGCUGAUUAAGGUUCUCUUUAAUAACUUGUUAAAAUCUUCAAUGAAUUAAGAGUCUAAUUUGUAGAUACCCUCAAUCAAGAGACAGCUGAUGAAAGUGCUGCAGAGACUAAAUUUUCUGAAAGAGUUGCUUAAUUAGAAAAGGAAUUCGCUGAAUUCUAAAGAGCAGUUAUGAUCAAGAACUCUGAGUUAGCUGCUAACGAAUAAAAACUAGGAGAAACCAUCGUCUAUGUUGGAUAAAGAAAGGAUGACAGAGCCACUCUCUAAGCUUAAUUACAAGCAGAAAACGAUAACUAUGCUGCUGAAACCGAUUUGUACAAUAGAACAGUUGCUGAAUACAAUAAAGAAAUCGAAAUUAGUAAGUAGGCCCUUGGUUUGUUAACUUAACCCAGUUUCGAAUAAUACGUUAAAUCAAAAGUUGGAAUCUGAUUAAUAAUUAUAUAUUCCAUUUACAAAUUUAAUCACUAUAUUA